AUGCCUCCAGCAAACGGUGUCUCAACUCCCGGAUCAAGACCGGGAUCAACUAAACCCGGUACACCCAUAUCGAGUACUAGCAAUUCAUCGUUGAUAUUGAGGAAACAGCUUCUAGAUCUUCAGAAGAAUCCGGUCGAUGGCUUCUCAGCAGGUCUAGUGGACGAUGAUAACAUCUUGGAAUGGCAGAUUGUGAUUAUGGGCCCAGCGGAUACGUUAUAUGAAGGCGCCAUACUCAAAGCUAGACUCAUCUUCCCUCCUGAAUUCCCAUUAUUACCACCCAAGAUGAUUUUCGAUUCGGAGAUGUGGCAUCCUAAUGUGUACGACAAGGGAGAUAAGAAGGGUGAAGUCUGCGUGUCGAUAUUGCAUCAACCAGGAGAAGACGAGUGGGGGUACGAGGAUGCAGGAGAAAGGUGGUUGCCCGUGCAUACCGUUGAAAGUGUUCUCAUUUCAGUAAUCUCCCUCCUCUCGCAAGACGUCCCCGACCUCUCAUCGCCAGCUAAUGUAGAUGCUGCCAAAGAAGUAAGGGAGGAUUUCGCUUCAUACAAAAAGAAAGUGAAGAGAUUAGCACGUAGAUCCGCUGAAGAAGCUUAUGAUUAA